AUGACCAUUACGGACUUCACCGUGCGCAAAAAGAGCUACCGCUAUCUCACCACCCAGGCGAGCUACCCAAACCAUGAUUCCAAGGCGGUCCUUGAUGCCUUUGAUCCCACCAAGGACCUUCAGUUGCAAGAUCUAAACAGCCUUGUCGAAAAGGGUGUACAAGGAGGCGCCCCCGCCUGGUACACGGGAUGGCCCAAGGAACAGGUGAACAACUUUAAUUUUUGGCAUCGUCCAAUGAUUAGGUACACAACGGUUGGCGAAAAGAAAGAGCAGCAUUUCGAUAAGUUGUACGUGCUGGACCAUGACGUUCUGGAGAAUGGGAGCGACCCACUGGCAUUCUCUUGGCCCGCAAAGGCCUUCUCAAAAACCGACCCGGUUAGGGUUCCAAAGUUGGAGGCGUGGUUGAUAAACGAGGAGCUCGAGCAGGAUCACUCCAAGUUGUUCGUGAUGGAGGAUAUCACUGACGAAGAUCCUGAGACGGCAUACGACCUACUGGUUACACACAAGCGAAUGCCCAUUCCCAAGGAGUUCUUGGAUAUCGCUUGGGACGGAUCGUUGGCACACAACGUCUUGCGAUUGCUUUUGAAGAACGUCGGAGAACCUGCUGUUCUCACUGCAACAUCUGCCCUACGUUGGGUUUCCGGAGUAAUCAAUUCGGAUUUCGCCGGAUUGGACUCAGAGGACUCAAUUGGAGAUCCCCCCUACAAGACCUACGAACUGCUCACCAAGACCUUGGCAGCCGUUGAGGAGAGUAAUAAGACGACAAAGACCUCUGUGGAAUCGCUUUCGGAGGUAGUGGUAGCGGGCAUCCAUGGACAAGCAUUGGACAAGGCGCCCCCAAAUACAGUGGAAAAGAAGUGGCCCACAAGGCUCUCCUAUCUGAAGAGAGUUGCUGGUACUACGACCUCAGCUCAGCUUCCCACCCUCUGGCACGAGCUAGCAAAGUGUAAGAAGCACAAAUCGAUUGGAAUUGUGCAGUCCCUGCUGGAUGAUGAGGCCGAGAAACUGAACCUCAAUCUGGAAUUCAUCGUUUCAGCCCGAGUAGUCAAGAGCCUGAUGGAAUUGGAAUUUUGUUCGCGUGGCGACGUUGAAAAGGGUUUGAACGUGUUUGAUAGUGUCUGUUUCCAGCACUACAAAAAUGCAAACGCGAUCAACGAUUACAACAAGAGCGAUUACUGGUUGACAGGCAAAAAGACGACCGCGUCAAUGAAGGAUCAUCAAGCCCACAACAAGAUCAAGCACGCUAUCUUCCCAAAGGAUCCCAUGCAGUUCCGUGAGAUGGUCAAUGGUAUGCGGGUAUUCUACCAUGUAGUGUUUGGGAAAACACAUCCACUGACAGCCGUGUACGAAAAGUUUGCAAAGAAUGUGGAUUCGAUCGCACAAAAAAUGGGACUGUCCCAACAGGAGCGAGCACUUGAGUGGUUUCUCUUCGGAAUCUAUUCCCGAAUUGAUCGUUACUUUGAGCGUUUGGUGAGAUCCGGCACGAACGCAGAAGAAAACCUACCAGACUUGGGCACCUACAUGGAGGCAUGCUACCAUGGAGGAAGCCUACCAGAGUCAAACUUGUUUGUUGUCGCCAAGGACUCUGCAGGACUUGGUGGAACAGGAGACAAGACUGAGAGUCAGCUGAAGAGAGAGAAGGAAAGGGCCCAGAAGAAGAGCCUGGGCAAAUCAGUGAAAAAUCCUGACAUGAACAAAGAACAUCGCUACACCAGAAGAACUACUACUGAGUUAAUCAAACGGACAGGCGAACAGCCUCCAAAGCACGCAAACGGAAAGGAACUGUGCCUCAUUUGGCACACAAAGGGCAAAUGCAAGGAGAACUGUGAACAUGAUGCUGCACCAGACAUUGAUAAGCUUCCGCACCCUGCCGCACCAAUGCUACACCGAGUAAUGAAAAAUGGGGCUCCUGUGGUGGUUCAUUUGGAGCCAUGGAGCCAGAGCCAACUCGACAGCAUGCGAGUCGCUUGGGGCUGUCACUCAUCAGCAAACGAAUUCAAAGAGUUUCUGAUGGAGGAGUUUUUGGAUUUUGGAAGGAAGGGAUUUUGGAUCCUACUUCCAUAUGACGCCAUCAAGGACGAGAAAGGACUUCGCCUUUCUCCAAUUGGCUGCAUACCACAAGAUAACAGAAGACUGCGGAUGAUUGUUGAUUAUUCGUUCUGGGGACUCAACGACGAGACAAUGAAACCAGCCACUGACUUACCAGCGCCCAUUGAAAAGAUGGAAGUAUUUGUGGACGAUUUUGUUGGAAUGGGCCAAGACCAUCCAAGCAAUCCCUUGACAAAUCAACAACAGCCACAACAUUGA